GACGGUGAUAAUGAUACUGCUGAGAAACAAAGUCCUACGGUUAAAACAAACCAAACCAAACCAGACCCAUAACUGCUGGUUUUCCAGUGUGCUUACCAUGAGAAUCUCACACUCGUUUUUUAAAAGCUAAAGUAAAUUGGUGUUAAGUAACAGAUUCUCAGAAGUGUGAAGGUCUUUCAAGCAUUAUUUAGUCUACUCUCAAGAAAAAAUUCUCGAAUCCCUCCACACCAUUAGUAUUUUACUGUUUCCACUAAGUACUGAACUCAGCAAUGCCUUCUCCGGACAGAGCUGGAUAUAAGGGGCUGAGCAAUGUCCGACAGACUCCAAACUAGAACCGCCCACUGCUUCAAUGAGGGCAGGGGUAGAUGUCAGGGACUAGACUCAUCGGCUGGCACUGGGAGAACAUUCAGGCUGGCAGGCAGAACCCAGACUCUCGCAAUUACGGCGACCUGUAAUAAGUACAGAGUGAUCAUUGGUAUCUGGGAGAUCCAUGAUGGGGGGAGCACAGUGGUGGCAACCUCAGGAGGUAGUGUUUGGAGACACAAGCUGAUAGGAUAAUAGGGCAGGAGGCAGCUCAGUCUGUAAUGAGUUUCAUGGGCAGGGUUACAAACCAUAUACUCUGGUCUACCGAGGCCCCUAAACCUGACCUUCCCCCUGCAGCUCGACCUCAUGACCUCACCUUUAAUGUUCCUUCACUCUGGCUUGUUUUCCAACCACAGACUGCUAAGUUCCCUCGGAGCCCACAGCCUUCCUCAUUCACAUUUGUCCUUAAACGUCCUCUCCUUACAAAGGCUUUCUCGGGACACUCUCUACCAUGUGAUUCCAUUUGAAUUAUUUUCAUAACCUUGAGGACUUUCCUCCUCAUUAUAUAUCCUCUAAUACAAACUCAGUGAAAGGAAGGUGUCUGUUUGUCUUGUUCCUUAUUGUACCCAAUAAUACCAGGCACUUUCAUACGUUCCUAUCAUAUUCUGGGGGCUUAUUAAACAUUUAAAUGAAUGAGUGAAUGAACAAAUGAACUAGUUAACUGUUAACAAAUGAAUUACUCUAGCUAGGAUUGAAGCCUGACAAGAUGGAAGUUUCUGGAACUAAAAAUAUUUGAAACCAAGUCCUUGAUGAAAUAACAGGAGCCAGGGGGAAGAGGAAAGCUGUCGCCAGACGCAGGAGUCUUAAUAAAUGAAAGGAAUGGACACAGAUGGCAGGAGUGAGGUGAGGCAGGAGGUUGUGGGGAAUAGCUUGAGCCUCAGUGGAGAAUGAACUAUUAGAAGAUAACGGAAGAGCCUGGGUUUGCACAUUGUAAUGGGAGGACGCCAGCCAACCCUCCCUCUUCUUUUGCGAAAUGUGUUACUUAAGAGGACAGAAGGGCACAUUUUAGUUAGGUUACAGAUAAGGGAGAUUUGGAUAAGGCCACCUGCAUAAAGGUUGUGGAUAGAGUGGGACUCGAUCAUAGUGGUCUGCAGAAAGUGUGGAGCAGGGAGGCAACAUCUUUGGGAGUAUGUGGUGGGAGUAAAGAAGCGUCUAGCAGUAAGAGGGGCAGAGUCAACUGAGGGACAAGGGAAGAAAAAAAGUAUUUUUUUUGAGAUGUAGGAAUAAAGCAGAAAUGACGUGCCUCAAAUAUGGAACUUUGCUGCAAGUUUACAGGCAGGACCCGGUUUCAUCUCAGAGAAGGGGGCCUAACUGUCCCGCAUGACCGUUUGGACUCACUCAGAGAGCAUAGCUUUUCCUCAGAAUGCUACAGAAUGGUGGUUUGGGGCCAGGCAGGGGUAGUGGGAGGUAGCUCUGUCCUCCAGGUACUGACAGUGUUAGGACGUACCUGGGGGAUAUAAAAGAGGCAGAAGCCAGCCCAAUAGGUUUAGUCUAACGCCCUGUGGGAGAUCAGAGGCUACAACAGUCAGUGUGAAUGAGGCCGGUGAUUCUGUCCAGGAGGGGGACAGGAGGGGCCAGAAGAUUAUGGAAGUACUAGAACUUGAGCUGGGCUUUGUUGUGAUUUAGCUUAUGAAAGAGGAACCAGAAGUUCGUCCUUGAGUAAUGUUUCCUGUAACUGACCAGUUUCUUUUGAAAUGGUUUGGGUCUGAGAGUCAGCUUAGAAGGAAGGGGGCUGUGAUAGGGGAAAACCUGGCAUUCUGCAUUUAUGCUAGUAGAAUUUUGUUCUCUUUUCUUUGGGUAGCUGCAUCGAAUCAGGAAGGGUAAGGAAAGUCCCCUGGUUUCUUGUCAGUUGGGUAGAAACAAAGGAAACCAUGGAAUCAGCCAAACCAGGGAUCCUGAGAGGCCAAGGGUGUACCAGCCAGACUUGGCCGGCUUGAAAUAAGAAAGCGAAAGCUCACAGAGGCCCAAGAAGCCCUUCUCCCCAGUCCGGAAGCUGCUGCCCAGCAGAGUGGAAAGCCCUAGACCCCAGCCCACCCACACCGUGGCAGGAGCAGGGCCCUGAAGAGGCAGAAGCUGAGAGGCCUGUGCACGGCGCCCGCGGGGGUAGGCGGCCCAUGGAUAAGUUCCGGACGGUGCUGGACCUGCACCUCAAGCAUCACAGCACGCUGGGCUACGGCCUGGUGACCCUCCUGACGGCGGGCGGCGAGCGCGUGUUCUCCACCGCGGUAUUCCAGUGUCCCUGCAGCGCCGCCUGGAACCUGCCCUACGGCCUGGUCUUCCUGCUGGUGCCCGCGCUCGCCCUCUUCCUGCUGGGCUACGUGCUCAACGCGCGCACCUGGCGCCUGCUGACCGGCUGCUGCGCGCGCGGCGCCCGCUCGGGGGGCUGCGGCGCGGGGCGGCGGGGCGUCCUGGUGUUCGCGCAGCUCAGCGCCACCGCCGCGGUCGCGCCGCUCACCUGGGUGUCGGUGGCGCUGCUCGGGGGCGCCUUCUACGAGUGCGCCGCCUCCGGGAGCGCCCCCCUGGCGCGGCGCCUGUGCCAGGGCCGCGACCCCACCUGCGAGGCCCGGCUGCCGCAGGCGCCCUGCAGCCCGGCCCAGGCGUCCGACGCGCAGGACCUGCUGAAGGAGCUCAAGGCCCAGUCGCAGGUUCUGGGCUGGAUCCUGAUAGCAGUUGUCAUCAUCUUCCUUCUGAUCUUUACAUCUGUCUCCCGAUGCCUAUCUCCAGUUAGUUUCCUGCAGCUGAAAUUCUGGAAAAUCUAUUUGGAACAGGAGCAGCAGAUCCUUAAAAGUCAGGCCACAGAGCAUGCAAUAGAACUGGCCAAAGAGAAUAUUAAAUGUUUCUUUGAAUGCACGCAUCCAAAGCAGUACAAUACCCCCAGCGUCAAAGACUGGCAGCAAAUUUCCUCACUGUAUACUUUCAAUCCAAAGGACCAGUACUACAGCAUGUUGCACAAAUAUGUCAACAGAAAAGAGAAGAGUCAUAGUAUCCGAUCUAACGAAGGAGAUGUAGUGAUUCCCAUUCUCGGCUUUGUAGAUACACCCGGUAUUAACACUGCUGCUGAGUUAUGACCUUAUGAAUGAAUACAGGGAAAGUUCUUUUGAGUUUUCACUUCAUUAAAAAAUAAAAAGCUUUGGUAUCAUGUAUGAC